GUUCAGUGAUUUCAGUACGGGUAUUUCAAUUGGGUUUGAAGCUAGCAGACGAAGUCUGUUUUGCUUCUGGUAAGUGCAACCAUUUUUGCAGAACUUACUUUCCCUGAAUCACGAAAUGAUCAACUUAAAGUAUGGCGUGGGGUUUCAAUUCCUUAUCAAGAUUCACAGGAGUUUUAAUCAUUCCCUUAAAAAUGAAUGUGGCAGAAGAUCAUUGUCGUCGUUUUACACAACAGACCCUAUUGAUAAAGCCGAACCAACGUUUGAAAAGAUUCUGAUUGCAAAUCGUGGAGAAAUAGCCUGCAGAGUCAUGCGAACAGCUAAGUUGAUGGGCAUCAAAACUGUAGCUGUGCACUCAACAGUUGAUUCAAAUGCGCUUCAUGUUAAAAUGGCUGAUGAAGCUGUGUGCAUUGGACCUCCAGCAACCAGGGAAUCUUACUUAAAUAUGGAGAAAAUUUUGAAUGUUAUUAGGCAAACUGGAUCUCAAGCUGUCCACCCAGGAUAUGGAUUUUUAUCAGAAAAUGCUGAAUUUGUGACUAUUCUGGAAAAAGAAGGCAUCAGUUUUAUAGGUCCAUCAGCACAUGCCAUAUCAGGCAUGGGAGACAAGAUUGAGUCAAAAAGGGUAGCAAAAGAGGCUGGAGUUCAUGUCAUUCCUGGAUUUGAUGGAGUUGUUAAAGAUGAAGAACACUGCCUUGAAAUUUCGCGGAAUAUUGGUUAUCCUGUUAUGAUCAAGGCUUCUGCGGGAGGUGGAGGGAAGGGCAUGCGCAUAGCAUGGAAUGAUACCGAAGCCAGGGAAGGAUUUCGUUUAUCCAAACAAGAGGCGGCAAGCUCAUUUGGUGAUGACAGAAUGUUGGUUGAAAAAUUCGUUGAUAACCCCAGACAUAUAGAAAUUCAAAUACUUGGAGAUAAACUAGGGAAUGUAAUUUAUUUGAAUGAAAGAGAAUGCAGCAUACAGCGCCGCAAUCAGAAAGUUAUUGAAGAAGCCCCUAGCACCUUCAUAGACCCAGCUACACGGAUAGCAAUGGGGCAACAAGCUGUAUCUUUGGCAAAGAAAAUCGGCUAUUCCUCCGCGGGAACUGUUGAAUUUUUAGUCGACUCUAAAAAGAAUUUCUAUUUUCUUGAAAUGAAUACUCGAUUGCAAGUAGAGCACCCUAUUACAGAAAUGAUAACUGGAAUUGAUCUCGUACAUCAAAUGAUACGUGUUGCAAAAGGCCACCGUCUCAAUCUCAAGCAAUCAGAUGUUCCCCUAAAGGGAUGGGCGAUCGAGUGUCGGGUUUAUGCAGAGGAUCCCUUCAAAAAUUUUGGAUUGCCUUCUAUUGGACGUCUAGAUCAGUAUAUAGAACCAACGUUUAUCCCGAAUGUCCGCUGUGAUAGUGGAGUCGAAGAGGGUAGCGAAAUAAGCAUCUAUUACGAUCCAAUGAUAUGCAAGCUUGCAUGUCAUGGUCCUACACGCGAUGAAGCUCUGAAAACCUCAAUCGAAGCCCUCGAUUCCUAUGUUAUCAGAGGUGUUACCCACAAUAUUCCUUUAUUACGGGACAUCUUAGAUGAAUCACGAUUUGUCCGCGGAGACAUAAACACCAAGUAUCUUCCCGAGGUCUAUCCGAACGGCUUCCAGGGGAAACAACUCCAGUUGUUGGAAAGACAGCAUUUAAUAAGCAUAGCAGCAUGCAUGUGGGCUACUAACGAACUGCGCUUACAAGCAUUUGCCAAUGAGAGAAAUGAUAAUUGCAUGCUGAAAAAAAAUGUUGAGAAGUGGGUCUUAUCAGUUAACGUCGCAGGAAACAAAUCCCCUUGCGAAGUAGAAUUGGGUGAUGAUGGUUAUUAUAAGGCGACCAUCGAAGGAAAGACAUACCGCAUACGAAACACCCUUAAUCUUGCUUCCCCUGUGAUUAAAGUAACAGUGGAUGAUGAAAAUCACGUAGUUCAGCUUAUCUCGAAAAAUUCGAAUGGAGAUUUUCGCAUUAGAUUUAAGGGCACACCAUUUGCAGUAAGUAUUUUGACCAAAAAAACCGAAGGCUAUGUGUCGCACAUGCUGGAGAAGCCAAAGGUGGACGUAAGCAAAGCUGUACUAUCACCGAUGCCCGGAGUCGUACGGAGCGUGAAUGUUAAAGUUGGGGAUAGCGUUAGUGAAGGACAAGAAGUUUUGGUGAUCGAGGCUAUGAAAAUGCAAAAUAAGUUAACUGCUACAGCCACCGGAAAGAUAAAGUCGGUAAACUGCCGUCCCGGAGACACCGUGGAAGAAGGAAUAACAUUGGUGGAGAUGGAAUGAGAACCAUGCAGUUGUAAGAAAAUGAGUAAGGGGGAUUUAUUGGAGUUGAUGACUGUUAUUGUGUAGUCCAACUGCAAGUCAAAAGAUAUUUUAUGUGUUAAAA